AAUUCCUCCCCCCCUUUCGUUUUCUCUCUCUAAACCUUCCUUAUAUAAAUACUCUUUCCCCACCCUUAAUAGAACAGAGAAUUGUAAACCCAUAAAAAUAAAAACAAAAAAAAGAUUAAGUCUACUCCAAUGGAGUUUGUAAGAGGAAGGAUAAUAGGAAGAGGAAGUUUUGGUACAGUUAAUUUAGCAAUACCCAAAUCAAAUCCUACAAAUUCAACUACCCAAAUCGUUGUGAAAUCCUCUGAAACCAGUUCUUCAUUUUCAUUAAAAAAUGAAAAAGAAAUACUUUCGCAAUUGAGUAACAAUCACCCGAACAUAAUCCAAUAUUUGGGUGAUUCUUUGAGUUACGAAAAGGGUACCCAAUUCUAUAAUCUUUUCUUAGAAUAUGCAAGUAAAGGAAGUUUAUCUGAUCAACUUAAAUUUUCUGGAGGCAAAUUCGAAUUUCCUGUUGUGAAAAAGUAUACGAAAUCGAUUCUAAAGGGUUUAUGUCAUAUUCAUGAAAAUGGGUUUGUUCAUUGCGAUAUUAAGCUUCAAAACAUUCUGGUUUUCGAUCAUGGUAAUGUGAAGAUUGCCGAUUUUGGGUUAGCCAAGAGAAAAUCAGAUGAGAGUGGAAUUCAAUUAAGAGGAACUCCUCUUUCUAUGUCGCCAGAGAUUAUCGCCGGCGGGAAAAUUGAGUCGCCAGCGGAUAUUUGGGCACUUGGUUGUGCAGUUGUUGAGAUGGUUUCCAGUAAAUCGGUGUGGGAAUUAUCGCCGGAAAAUGACGUCAGUGGUUUGCUUUAUCGAAUUGGUGUUAGCGGAGAAUCGCCGAAGAUUCCCGAGAAUUUAUGCUCUGAAGGGAAAGAUUUUCUAGAAAAGUGUUUUGUUAAAAACCCAAAUGAGAGAUGGACGGCCCAUAUGUUGUUGGAUCAUCCGUUUAUUUCCGGGUUAUUUGAUGAUGAUGAACAAGAAGGAGAGGUUUCAGUUUCUCCUAGUCCUAGAUGUCCAUUUGAGUUCCCAGAUUGGCAAUCAAAUUUGGAUUCGGAUUCGGUUUCGGUUUCGGUUUCGUCUUUCGGGUUUUCUAAUGCGUCAUGGGUUUCACGUCAAUUGGAACAAGAGUUGAUUUGUAAUGAAAUGCCCGAAUGGAACUCAAGUGAUAGUUGGGUCACAAUUAGAUGAUAAAUUUUUUCUUUUUGUUUUACCAAUUUUUGGAAUUUCUUACAAAUAUGCACCGUCAGAUCAUGUUUUUUUAAUUGAUCAGAUGGUAACAAAUUCUUUCAAUAUCAUCUUGUAAAUGCUACUUAGUUAAUUAAGAAAAAUACAAAAGUUUUCUUCCUUCA